AUGGGCUCUCAAAAAUGGAUGCCCGAGCUGGGAGGGGCUAAUUGUAUGAGGAUUCGAGGGACACCCCUACUGGGAGAGCGGGAAAUGCAAGUCGUAGGGAAAGUCGUGCGAGUCGUAGGGAGAGAAGUGCCAGUGCCAAUCCCAGAGAGCACAGUGCUACCGCCAGUGAAAAUACUCAAGGGGGUUGGGCCUGGUCUAUCGUAG